GAAGGCCCCAAGUUAAUGAGGCGUGCGCCGGCAGCCGAGCGCUUCUCGGAGUUGGGCUUUCCCCCGCGGUGCGGGCGCCAGGAGCCGCCUUUUCCGCUGGGUGUCACUCGGGGGUGGGGAGGAUGGCCCAUUCAAAAGCGCCGCGAGGGGGCCCGGCCAGUGCCCUUCAGUGAGCGCUCGCAAGAGGACGGCAAAAGCCAGGCAGCUCGCAGCUCCAGGACCUUGUGGCGUAUCAGGACGCGGUUGCCCUUUUGCCGGGACUCAGAACCGCCACCACCGCUCUGCCUCCUACGUGUUAGCCUCCUCUGCGCACUCCGGGCAGGCGGCCGUGGGAGCCGUUGGGGCGAGGACGGCGCGCGGCUGCUACUGCUGCCCCCAGCCCGGGCGGCAGGAAGAGGAGAGGCCGAGCCAAGCGGUGGCCCCCCUUAUGCCGGGAGGAUGCUGGAGAGCAGCGGUUGCAAGGCACUGAAGGAGGGCGUACUGGAGAAGCGCAGCGACGGGUUGCUGCAGCUCUGGAAGAAAAAGUGCUGCAUCCUCACUGAGGAGGGGCUGCUACUUAUCCCGCCCAAGCAGCUGCAACACCAACAGCAACAGCAGCAGCAACAACCCGGGCAGGGGACGGCUGAGCCGUCGCAACCCAGUGGCCCCGCUGUCGCCAGCCUUGAGCCCCCGGUCAAGCUCAAGGAAUUGCACUUUUCCAACAUGAAGACCGUAGACUGCGUGGAGCGCAAGGGCAAGUAUAUGUAUUUCACUGUGGUGAUGGCAGAGGGCAAGGAAAUUGACUUUCGGUGCCCGCAGGACCAAGGUUGGAACGCCGAGAUCACUCUGCAGAUGGUGCAGUACAAGAAUCGUCAGGCCAUCCUGGCGGUCAAGUCCACGCGGCAGAAGCAGCAGCACCUGGUCCAGCAGCAACCUCCGCAGCCACAGAUUCAGCCCCAGCCUCAAUCCCAGCCCCAGCUCCAGCCCCAGCCCCAGCCCCAGCCCCAACCCCAACCUCAACCCCUACCCCUACCCCAACCCCAACUCCAACUCCAGUCUCAGCCCCAACCCAAGCCUCAGCAGCUUCAUCCAUACUCGCAUCCUCAUCAGCACCCGCACCCGCACCCUCAUCCUCACCAACUACAACAUCCGCACCAACAAACGCACUCGCAACAGCACUCGCAGCCACUCGGCCACCGGCUUCUCCGCAGCACCUCCAACUCUGCCUGAAGGGGGCAGUACUUGGGCCAGACAAGGUUUUGAGGACUUGAGGAAGUGGGACAAGCAGAUUUCUAUUGUCUUCACUUGGAUCAAAAACAAAACAGUCUCCCCGCCCUGCACCAGACCAAGUAGUUUGGACAUCACCUGAUAACUUGCAGUUCCUCUUAGUUUUCUGCAUAUUCUUCAUCACAACGCAGGGAUCGAUUUUGAGUCAAGAAGACUUUAUUUAUGAACCUUUGAAAGGAUCUUCUAAUUUAGUGGACCGUCUAGAAGCUAUGAUGUACUGUAAUUUUAUUUUAAUGUAUUUUGGUUUAUGGUUAUUUAUUAGUUUUUUUAAAUACUUGCUCUAAGACAUUUCUGAAUGUAGGUCAUUUUCCCAAAAACCUAUUCCCUAGUAAGUUCUAAUCUUAGAAAAGAUAAAAAGGAUGGUGGAGAGGAAAACAUUAAGAAUACAGUCAAUAUUCCCAGGGCAUUUUCAGGAGGUCUGACACUUUCAUUGUUGAAAUUAAACUCUGAUAUUACUUUUUUUUUUUUGAGGUUUCUUCCUUAGACAUAUAGUAUAUGUAGAACAGAAUUUUUUAAAAAGCUAAGAGCUCAGAAUUGUGUAAUUAUGAAAAUCUAAUGAUCAAGAUAAUGCUUUCGGAAAUCAGUAGUAAUGACAUCUGAUUUCAAAAUAUCUAGAACAUAACCUAAUUGAUGGCAGAAUGGUCAUGUCUUAAAUAUGUGGUAGGGCUGGGUCCGCUGUAGGAGUUUAUAUAAUCUGUGUGUGAAGGUUUAAUAAGGGUUCUUUUUGAGGGUUGGAGGGUGUACUCAGUGGUAGAGUUCCAGGCUCUGAGUUCAAUCUCCAGUACCAAAAAAGCAAAACAAAAACAGUCCUUUUAAUUGUGCUUUCUGAAUAUGAAUGCAUUAGAUGUUUCAGUUAGAAAAUGUAGUGUGGUUGGGCGGGUUGUGGGGGGGAUCAUUCAACUUGUUUAAAAGUAUUUGUGCUCCUGUCCAUACUGAAGUACCCUUCACCAAGAGCUUUGCACACUUGAAUUGAACCACAUUUUCUUAUCCUUUCAGUUUGUUCUACAAGCACACUAAGAAUCUCAUAGUUUAAAAUAUAGUUUGUAAAUAUAUCAAAGGACUAGAAGUCAUAUUUUUUUAUUUUCAUACAGAAAAUAAUGUUGAUUUGAAGAACCAACUGUUUUUAUUGUUCUGUGAGAAAUUAGAGAAGUUAUAUGUUUUCCUAGGUUAGCUAAACUCAGAAUUGAAAAAGGAAGGACUGGAUAAACAAUGGAUUUCAGUAAGAAAACAACCCCAGUCUUGUUUUAGCAGCCAUUUGUUUAGGAGUCUGAGGGGGGUGGGGGAGAGAGGAUGUGCUUUUAAAGGUAGAACAAACCUCCUUCUGUGUUAAAUCAAAAGGAUGGUCAGAAUCCACCAGGGCAGAUGCUACUUAGAAAGAGCCAUAGAGGGUACCAAAUCCUCUUGGGGCUAAAAAUCACUUCCUAUCUGCAUGGCUUUCAAAAUGGGUCUCUGUUUUCCAGUGUCUUUUUCACAGUGUCUUGGUCAGUAUUUUUCCAGCAUUUAAAUUGGAAUGGUCAUUGUAGACCACUGCUAAACUAUACAGUCAAGAAAUGAAAAUAGAAUUGUAUGCUGGAGAUGUCUUUAUUCUCCUUCUAUUUAGAAAGGAAUUUCAAUGAAUUUUAAAUGAUGCAACUUUGAGAUAAUAACUCUUACCCAAGAAGUUACAGGGGAAAAUUAAAACUUAUACAAAUAGCACAAAACAAAACAUAAGUGAACUCCCACUUCUAGGGGCUGUUUAGGUUGAAGUUGUAAAAAUGUACUGUCAAGAUUUAAAGACAUUAUAGGUAUAUGGGACAGCUCAGAGAGACAAGGUCAAAAGAGUUCUUAAAUUCAGUUUGAUCUGACUUAGGAAAUGCCUAAUAAUACUGUAGUUUUAAUACAUGUAGAUCAUAAUAACCCCAAUUAAUCCACAGCUCUGUUUCAAAUGGAAGAUUUUUCUUCUAAAUAAUUGUGUUAUAAACAUUUGUACCAAAUACUUUGAAAAUUAAGAUUGAUGUAGGUUUUUUUAAAAGGCAUUUGUAUGUUGUUAGCUUAUGUACAGAGCUAGAUAAUCUCAUUGUUGAAAAAAAUAUGCUCCAGUUUUCUCUUGGCUGCUCCAGUUUUCCCCCUACAAUGGCCAUGGCUCUUAGUGGUACUGCCAGAAUCAUGGUUUCUUGUUCUUCCAUAGCCCUUGUCCCUUGGUCUACUGUGAGAUUUAUAUUAACUUGACCAUCACUAUGGCAGUCUAGUUAGAAUCAAUCCCUCUUAGCAUUUAACUGUGAAAUUUCAGAAACUAGCAGAAGUAGGAUGGUUUUUAUUGUUUUAACACUUUGAAACUCUUCUGGCUUAAUAAUUUUUCCAGAGCAAAAUAACAUGCAUGUUCAACAAAACUAAACAAAAAUAUAAAUAUACAUCAUUUGAUAUCUCAGUGGCUCUGUCCUACCUGGAAGGAAAUGAUACAAACCACCUAUGGUACUGUGAAGCCUGACAAGUCAGCUUCAUGGAAAAAGAUUCAAAAAAAUACUUUCAACUAACCCAAGAAAAAGAACAAAAGGGCAGGUCUAAUAGAACCACCCUCUCAAACACAAACAAACAUCAAAUGUGAAAAGUUAAAAAAGUAGUGUCCCAUCUGGAAAUUGAACUUUUGUCCUUGAACUCUUAUUGGCACCCAGCCUACAAUGCAGCUAGUUACCAUUUGUAGGGACAAAUGAUUGAAAAAAGAAAAAAAAUAUGUAACUCCUCAGCACCCAGGAGGUGGUUUCUCUUGCCUCACUGAGUGCUUCCUUCACUAGCUCUCAAGUUCCCUGAGAACAACAAAUUCAGGGACAGGCUAAGCAUCAUGAAGCUCCUUCAUUCUUUCUUAGCAGAAAUCCACUUAGAUCUGCCUGUGCCCUACAGGGAGUGUUGAGGUCAGUGAAUAAACAUCUAUAAAAGAGCCUUUUCAAAAUGAACAUUUUUCCUCAUUGAGCAAGCUGAGAUUCUCUAAUCAUGUAUGAGUCAAGCCAACUUGUAUCAUUUCACUUCUAAUGAUGGCAAGAAAAAAAAAAAGAAAAAGAAAAACCGAAACUCUAUGUAUUGCUUAAAGGAGCUCUCCUUAUGUGUAAAUACUCUUAUGAAGUCUGGCUUAAGUUGAAAAAUCCAUUUUAUUUUUUGCUCUCAUACAUGAAGUGCUCUGUGUUUCUCUAAAAAUGCCCUAACACUAAACAACUUUUCUGCCUGUUCAAAUACAUCAUUUGUUUUCUGCCUCCUCCCCAGAAAGUCAUGUGGUAUCAUUUAGCUGCAGGUGUUAACCGUAUGAUAGUAGCAGGCUUAGAAGGGUCUAAGACUUGAGCAAGCACGCAGCAAUUCCAGGAACAUAGAACUUUGUGGGAUGAGGAGAGGUCUGCAAGCAGUUGCUUUGUGCGUGUAUGUGUGUGUGUGAGAAUGUGUGUGUGUGUGAGAGAGAGAAAACCUAAUUCAUUUUUGCUUUAUCAAUACAUACCAUCAGCAGACUAAAUUUAAAACUUGGAAAUUAUGUAUCAUGAUAUUGCAGCUAUCAGUGUGAUUCCUUCUAGAGAAAUACACCUGUUAACCUAAAGCAACCUAAAAUGUUUUAAUUGUGAAAAUAUGUUGAAUAGGUUUUAGGAACUCUUUUCUAAAAAUUCUUGACACAGUUUUGAAGGGUGAUGUUUUGGAUCUGCAAUGUUAAAUAUCCAAUCCAGUUAUGGGGGAUUGGGUGACAAAGUGAUCUGUGACUUUGUUGUUAGGAUAUUUGCCAAAUGGAGUAGGAUCCAUCGGAGUUUUCUUAGGGCAUACUUGAGGCUGGGGCUGUUGCUCAGCAGUAAAACACUUGUCUAGCAAGGCAGUGGGUUCCAUCCCAAGCACCACAAAGACAAUAAAAAAAGAAAAAACCAGGUAGGGUGGUGCAUUCUUGUACAAUGAAGGAAACAGAAGGACUCCUAGUCAUUAGAAGUAUUUGCAUACAACUCCCCAGUGCUCUGAAGCUGGCUUGCUGGUGAUUGGACAAUGGAGAAGCAUGUUUUCCAAGAAAGAUAAAAGUCUUUGUUACAUUCCACCAUCAGCUGUCAGUUUUCUACUCCAAGUUUCAGAACACAUGAACAAUAGCUUCUGGAAAGCAAGUACUACCAUGUACCAAAUGUUUUACAAACUGUCACACUGCAAACUUAAUAGUGUGGUUGGAAUUUGUGUAAAUGUGUCUCAAGUGAUUUUGAAGAGAUGUGAUUUAUUUUUCAUAUUAUCAAAAUGCAUUCCAUUUCAAAUAAAGCAUCUAUUCAGUCA